AUGGAGAGGCAGAGAAACAUCUCAGAAUUCGUACUUCUAGGACUUUCGUAUGACCAAAACAUUCAAAUAUUUUGCUUUGUGCUCUUCUCAUUCAGUUACGUUGCCCUGUUGGCAGGAAACCUGCUGAUCCUUGUCUCCAUUCGACUCAGCCCUCUUUAUCACCAACCCAUGUACUACUUCCUCACCACCCUANCCUCCAUGGACAUCUGCUACACCUCUACGGUUACACCCAAGUUAAUUGCUGACCUGCUGGUGGAAAGAAAAACCAUAUCCUACAGUAACUGCAUUAACUGCAUGUUACAGGUCUUUACAAUGCACUUCUUUGGAGGUGUUGAGAUCUUCAUUCUUACCGCCAUGGCCUUUGAUCGCUCUGCUGCCAUAUGCAGACCUCUCCACUACCUGCUUAUCAUGAACAGGACAAGGUGCCAUCUCCUAGUCUUAGCUGCUUGGGCUGGUGGGGCUCUCCAUUCUUUCCCUCAAUUAAUGAUGACAAUCCAAUUGCCAUUUUGUGGUCCUAAUGAACUUGAUCACUACUUUUGUGAUAUCUUCCCUUUGCUGAAAGUCGCCUGCACUGAUACCUACAUCACUGGGGUUCUUGUGGUUGCUGAUUCAGGUAUGGUCGCCUUAGUUACCUUUGUGGUCUUGUUUGUUUCUUAUGUCAUUAUAUUGUUUAGUCUAAGACAUCACUCAGCUGAGGGAAGACGCAAAGCCCUCUCCACCUGUGGGUCUCAUAUCACUGUGGUCGUCUUAUUUUUUGGGCCAUCAAUCUUUGCCUACCUUCGACCUCCAGCCACUUACCCUGAGGACAAAGUAUUUGCUCUAUUUUACACCAUCAUUGCUCCUAUGUUCAAUCCCUUAAUCUAUACGCUGAGAAAUACAGAGAUGAAAAAUGCUAUGAGAAAAGUUUGGUGUCAAACAUUAUUUUCACAGGAAGUACACAAUUAA